GCAGGUAAUAUAGUAAGUUUAAUAAGAUUAAGUAAACUAUCAGAUCCAUAUCUUUUCCGAGAUAUCUAUAGACAGAAAAAAUAAACAUAUUGAUGAUAGGAGUUUAUCGGCUUUGAUUUCUCAAAUAAGAUUAUGAUGAUUGCUCUAUAAAUUUACGAGUGUCCGUCAUAUAAUUGUAGUUGAGUGAGUCUCUUUAAGUCAUAAGCGUCUUUUGAAAAUUUUCGGUAUCUAACUUAAUAGUAUUACUUACAGUUUUAUAUACGUAUGCUAAUUGAAAAAUAUGCGCAUUCUUCUUUUAAUUAAUAUCGUUAAUCGCGCAUAUAUAUUCGAGUGUCAUUAAUCUCUAAAUGUAUUCAGAUACACUAUAAUCAUUCAUCUUGAAUUGACGUUGAAGCGAGAAAAUACGUUAUAAGAAUUCUUGCAACGUACAUUAAAAUAGAAACAUUUUUCAAUAAAAUAGUGUUUGUAAUCGAUAUAGAGCAGACUUGUAAAACAUAUCGAAAACUUUUUUUAUUUGGUCACAAUUUCAUCAAGUGUCACGCUGAGUAUACUCAGUCUUGAUUUACUUUUUCUAUUAAACAUUUGCAGAAGAUUUCUCCAUUACAAUGAAGUACUUGGUAUUCGCUUUAAUCGUCAUAGUCGCUAUCAACGGCAUAACGACUGUUUCAAGUUCUACGGAGUCUAAGGCUGUAUGCUCUCCCUGGCUCGGAUAUUGCCAGCUCACCGAACAAUGCUGUCGUGACUUAGUAUGCCUGGGAUAUAAAGCUAAAUGUGUUCCUGGAAAAAUUGAAAACGAUAACAGACCUAUCGGAGAGGGGCCAUUUCCUCCAAAAAAUUAAAACAAAGAAGAUUCAGUUUUGACAUUAAUAAUAAUACUGGAAGAGUGGAAAUAAGAAUGCAUAAUACACUCCAAACGAUUAUAUGAUAUUGCUUUCACGUUAUAAAGUAAAUGUUUAAUUACGUAUACAUGUGUAUUAAAGCGCUAUGUAUUUUCGUUUUCUACAGAACGAUUUAUUAAACAAUUUGUUCUAUUGCCCAAA